UGGUACUGUCUGCUCUCCUCUGCUUUCCCUCUCACCAAAGCUCUCAACUUUUCUGGGUUUUUUUUUUAAUUUUUACUUUUAACUAUUUUCGUUGUAUUUUAUUUAUCUUGACAAUUAUAAAGGUGGAGGAUCUGAGACGAGUCUUUAUCUCAUGGAGGAUCGAAAGGAGAAAAAUGCGCCAUGGUUGUCAGUGCCGCAGUUCGGGGACUGGGAUCAGAAGGGGCAAGUGCCAGACUAUUCUCUUGAUUUCUCAAAAAUAAGGGAAAUGAGGAAGCAAAACAAGAGAGAUGUUUCCAGAGCCAGUCUUGGAAAUGAAGAAGAACUCGUUGCCUCAAACACUGCUAAUGUGGGUGCUGUUCACAAUGAACCCCAUUACCAGCAGACCUCCCACUCUCCAACUUCUCGACGGAGCAUUUUCAGCUACUUCAACUGUUGUGCGAAAGCCUGAUGAUGUCUGUGCUCGAAGAUUACCUCUACUGCUCCCUACACUUGUUAUGUCUUUCAUUGGUUUGUACUUGAUAAAACUAGUAUUGGCUUCUUUUUCUUAGCACGAUAACGAUGUGCUUGUGAUGUAUUUAUCGGAUUCGGUGAUUAGUGGUUUUUAUCUGAUUUUGCUUUCAUCAAGUUGUUGCUCUCUGCGUGUAUAAUGCUGCCUUGGCCUCUAAAUGCAAGAUUUCUUCCUUUCGUGCUUUUA